UGCCAGCACGAGUUUCUUGUAUUGCAACAAGGAUGGUCUGGACCAAGGUGCUCUGCAAGUUCAUCUCUGACGGAAGAUUUGGAGAUCGAAACUUCAUCUCGUAUUGUUAUCGUCAAAAUCAAGAGUUGAAUUGCAAAAUCGAGUUGUAACAAGUAGUCAAGAACUUAACCCCAACUUCUUUCUUGAAGAAGCCAUGGAAGAAAAUGAAGGUGGGGGGUUGGGGGAUGGCCAUUGGAAUGAAGUUAUUUCAGCUCUUGCGGAUGAUGGGUUUCUUGUUGAAGAAGAUGAUGAUGAUGAUUGUGGGGAUCUUCAUAAUAAUAUGAAUGUUGGAGAGAAUUUUCUUCAGUCAGUUCGGAAGAAUGAGGAGGAAGAGAAGGCGGUUGAGCUGCGUCAGAAGACUGGCAAUGCUGCUGCGACGGCUGCAAUUGUAGCGUCUGGGAUUUCAAGUGGAGUUGAUGGGUCUAGGGAUAUGGCAGUUAGGGGGAAUGAAAUGGGAGAAAGGGAUUGGGAACCGGCAGCAAGAUUAGAGUCUUCUGUUGCUGGUGGGAUAAUGAUCGAGUGUAGUGAUCCGUUGGGUAAGAUGGCUGAUUUAGCGAAUAAUGCUAGCAGUAAUAUUGAGAAUCGAGAGAUAAUUCAAAGGCCUACUGCUGCUAGUGCUAAUGCUUUAGGAAAUGCUAGGAAUGUUGGGAGUUCAGGGAACGGUAAUAUGGUUAGUGGGAAUGCAACCGGUAGUAUGGGCAGUAUCGGGGCCUUAGGUGGAGGAGACGGUAGUGGAGGGACGAUUUUAAUUGUUGUUAAAAUCUGCUUUGGUGGACGACAGAUGCUGAAGUGGAGUUAGAGCUAAGCAGAUAUGGAGCUGUGAAGGA